GCGGGCGGAGCGGGUAAGGACAGACGGAGGGAGAGCGGGGAGGAUUCCGCCGGCGCGGAGCGGCGCGUAAAAAGCUGGGUACGGCCGGGUUCGGUACGAUCCGUUCCGCCUGCAUGAGGCGGCGACGGCGUCGGGGAGGCCGGUCGGCGGGAUGAACGGCUCGGCGGCGGCGGGAGGAGGAACGGCGGCGGCGGGGCUGUUGGCGGGGACCGGGAAAGCGGCGUUGGAGCUGGAGCGGGCGCUGCGCUGCUGCACCGCCGCCUCCGUGGUGACCGACGGCGGCGGCGGCGGCGGCGGAGGGACGGCGGAGGACGAGCGGAGCCUGUACAUCAUGCGGGUGGUGCAGAUCGCCGUCAUGUGCGUCCUCGCCCUCACCGUCGUCUUCGGCAUCUUCUUCCUCGGAUGCAACCUCCUCAUCAAGUCCGAGGGGAUGAUCAACUUUCUGGUCAAGGACCGGCGGCCGUCCAAGGAGGUGGAGGCGGUGGUGGUGGGACCCUACUGACCGCCCCGACGGCCCGGCGCCGGGGGAAGCCGCCGUCCGCUCCGGGCUCUGACCGCACGACGGCCGUUCCUCCUUUAGACAGACCUUUCUUCUUGUUUUUUUUGGUUUUUUUUCUUCUCUCCUUCAAAAAAAAAAAAAAAAACCAACCCAACAGCAAACGAACCCCGAGACCCCGGCGGCGGGUGAGACGUGCGGGGGGGCUCCCGGCGUGGGCCGCCCCCGGAGCCGCCCGUCCCGACCCGCGGGGUGCCGAAGUAAAACGUGCUCUGAUGGCAA